AUGGAUGUAAGGUUUUAUCCCACCGCCGGAGGGAAUUCUAUCCCCGGAGAUCCGUCAAACCUGGAUUUUGCCCAUUGUUUGGGCUACUACAACUUCAACAAGUUCCAGAAUAACAACAAUUACAUGAACAUGGCCGAAGCAAAUGGCACCCUUCUUGCUGCAGGGGAUACGUUUCAUACACCCAGCCUGGGGGAUGAGGAGUUUGAGAUCCCUCCCAUAACACCUCCACCUGAGGCAGAGUCCAGCCUUGGACAUGAAGUCAGUUCCCCCUUUCCAGCAAUGCCCGAGCCCCCAGCUCAGCAUAGGGGUCCAUUAAUUCCCCAGUUUCCCCCACAAAGUCUGGAACUACCCUCCAUUACCAUCUCUCGUAACAUGAUGGACCAAGAAGGGGUCUCUGUCAACAACGGCCAACUUGUGAAUGUUGGGCCUGGUCAUCUACGACAGUACCCAUCCAAUCCAUCCAUGGUAAUGAAAUCCAUCAUCAGCAUGAACAGCCCUAAUGGCAUGAUGUCACGGAAUCAGUUGUCCACCAUCAACCAAUCACAGCUCAAUGGACAGUUGAGUUUGAAUAUGGCUGGACCCAACAUCAACCAUACGUCACCAUCACCCCCUGCCAGCAAGUCAGCAACACCCUCUCCAUCCAGUUCCAUCAACGAAGACGAUCAGGACGACAGCAACAGGGUUAUUGGAGAGAAGCGACCAGCACCAAUGGAUCCGACAAAGAAGCCCAAGACUCCUAAAAAGAAAAAGAAGAAGGAUCCCAAUGAGCCUCAAAAGCCAGUUUCUGCUUAUGCCCUGUUCUUCAGAGAUACCCAGGCUGCUAUCAAAGGUCAAAACCCCAACGCUACUUUUGGAGAAGUGUCUAAGAUUGUAGCCUCAAUGUGGGAUGGCCUUGGAGAGGAACAGAAGCAGGUUUAUAAAAGCAAAACAGAAGCUGCCAAGAAGGAAUAUUUAAAAGCCCUCGCUGCUUACCGUGCAAGCCUGGUCUCCAAGGCUGCAGCAGAAUCAGCUGAAGCCCAAACCAUCCGAACCGUUCAGCAGACCCUGGCCUCCACCAGCCUCUCCCCUGGGCUUGUGUUACCUACGCCCCACAACCAGCAUCCCGCCAUGCCAUCAGCUUCCCAGGCCCUGCAGCAAGCACUGCCACGGGCUAUUGCUCCAAAGCCUCUACAGAUGAGACUAGGGGGCAGCCAUGUUGUGACAUCAGUAACAGUUUCCCACCAGAACAUGUCCUCCGGGAUGCCUCCGCAGCUGUUGGGCCAGAUGGGUGCUGGCGGGCCUAUGGUUGCGGGUGCUCAGUCCACAGCGGUGUCUCAGAUGAGUCCGCCCAUGCAAUCAGUGCAACAGCAUGCCAUGCAGCAGCUCCAGCAGCAGCAACAGCAGCAACAGAUGCAACAGCACCUCCAGCACCAUCAAAUGCAGCAGCAGCAGAUGCAUCACCAACAGAUCCAGCAACAGAUGCAGCAUCAGCAUUUCCAGCACCACCUCCAGCAGCAGCUGCAGCAGCACCAGCACCAUAUGCAACAACAGCAACAACAACAGCAGCAACAACAACAGCAGCACAUGCAAAUGCAGCACAUGCAAAUGCAACAUCAACUGCAUCAGCAGCAGAUCCAACAUCUCCAACAACAGCAGCAGCAGCAACAGCAGCACCAGUCGCAGUGUUCCCCACCCCAGCACUCACCUGGUACACCUCACUCAGUAGGAGGUUCUGCAUCCCUUGGAAGCCCUCAGCCGGCCCCUCAGCAGCAACCACACCCCUCCCAAAUCCAGGCACAUGCACAGGUCCUCUCACAGGUCAGCAUUUACUGAGCCAAAUGGAAAUUUUAAAGAACAGGAAUAGAAUAAAAGCAUCACCCAUUGUUGCUUUUCCAAGUUGCACUUAAGAAGUGUGUAAAAUUUAGAAUGUUAUAUAAAGAACAUGUUUAUUGUUGUAGACAGUUAUGCACAUACAUGUACAGAGGGUCAACUUGUUUUCUGGGGUUUCGUCUAUGAAGAGGCUGCAAACAGAUCUCAGCUUCUUAGAUUGAGAACCCAGUGGUUGUUUGUGAUGUCUUUCAGUUGAUCAUUUGAACUUACUGGUUACACUAAAUGCUGAAGACAUUUAUCUUCCUCUCUUUUAUUUAACAAUAAAGCUUUAUUUAUGAGGCCAGAGAUGCGAGAACAGCACAGUGCAAGGACAUUUGGAAAACAUUUGUAUCCCUCCUUGCCUGUGUUAGGUGACUCACUAGAUCUAUGCUGGAAACCAGGAACCAACACAUCAACUGUUUGUUCCCAUACUGGCCAGUAUAUACAAGACUUUCUUUCCUCCAUCUUUCCUGCAAAUCUAAAUGCUCAAAUCAUCACACAGGGGGUGGCUCGGUGAUAUUUAAAGACACUUUCAUGCCAUGCCACAAAAGCAGACAAUUUCUUUGAAGAAUGAAGAGAACUGGAAAUAACAGGCCUUUGGAAGCAGUUAUCUGGAUGAAUGACUGAACUGACAGAGACAGAAACUGCCAUAAAUCAUUUAUGUCAUCACACCAUCAAACUGUAGCUGUAAUCUGCUGUACAUGUUUUGUAGAGAAGAGAUGAGAUCUCCUGUUUGCAGCAAUUUACCCUCCAGACUAUUUUCCCAAAAAGGGUUUAACUGGCUGUCUCUGCCGAAUUUCAAUCCCAAAAAUAACUUCUUAAAUGAAUCUUAUUGCUUUUAUGUCAAAUGUAUAACAGUUUAAUUAUGUUGCUUUGGGUUUUUUUGCAUAUAAAAUUUAAUAUUUUACAGAUUUCAGGAUCAAGGCAGAUGAUGUAUGGAUUCUUGUAUUUUUACUCUGCUUACCAAUACUGAUAUUGACAGAAAAAUAAUGCAGAGCCAGUUUGUUGCACUGCCAAAGCCAACGCAAAAUGUAUUGGAGAUUGUUUUGUUUUCUUUGUUUGCCAGUUGUACAGAAGUCAACAGGAGAAAAAAGAAAAUGUACAUUUUUUUUUCAUAUCACCUGUUGUAAAGUUUUAAUAUGUGAGGCUUUAAUUAAAACAUUGUUUUAAUGACCUGUGGAUUGCUGUAUCACAUAUUGCAUUUCUGCUCUUUUAUACUUUUUUAUAAGUUCCAAUAGCAGCAAUUCAUUUUGUUUGUAUUUUUGCUUACACACCAAGUACAGAUGCAAACUGUCCCUAAGAUAAAUGGAUAUCACUAUGAAGUUCUUGGGUGGGGGGGAAAAAAAGGUGUUUGCAGCUUGCAGUAGAAAAUGUACUUAAUUUUGGAGUUUUCGCGCAGCCAUGAAGACAGUCCAGAGGCAUUCCAUCAUUAAUAUGAUCGUAGCCAUAAUUUUGUAUGAAGUAUUAUUAUAUAUUUCUUUGUGUCUCUGUUUAAAAUUAAACUAUCAAUCAAAUAUUUAUCUGGAGGAAUCAGUUUCUUUUGAGGCCGUCAUUUCUACGAAAUUCUUUCACAUCACAUUAGCUACUGAGAACAUAUUACAGUACUUUGCAAAAGAAUUCAAAAUGUACUUUUUUCACAUUUUGUC